UGAAGAAAAAAUAAACAAAAUAAAAUUGCGUUAUUUCUCUUUCUUUAUCCUAAUCUUGUUUUCCACAUCUGUAGAGAGAGAGAAAAGAGUGGUCAUCGAAAGCCUAGAAAAAUCCUCUCUCUCUCUCUCUCUCUCUCUCUCUCUCUCUCUUUCACCAUUAAAACACAAAACCAGAAACCCAGAAAAGAGCUUUUACUGAGCCACCAAACAAUACCAGUCACAUAAUUUUACAAAAUCCCAAAACAAAAGAGUUGUAAAAAAAAUCCAAAAAACCCCAAAAAGAUUCAAUCUUUCUCAUUACCCAUCUCUUUAAUACUUCCCAUAAAUAAAAUCUCUUCCCCCUCACUAUACUCUACAGUCUACAGCAACAUCAAAAAGAAGAAACACCAAACAAUGAUUUGAUUUUAACCCAAGUCUCUUCCACACAACAGAAACAAAAAAAAAAAGAAUGGGUUUUUCACUAAAGCUCUCGUCUCUCUGCACCAUCAUCACCAUCAUCACAGUCUCCACGGCUCUGUUCUCAGAUCUCCAGCUAGUGAAAUCCGCAUCACCAGACUACACAAACUUGAUCUACAAAGGAUGCGCGAAACAGCAAUUCUCAGAUCCAUCUGGUCUAUACUCGCAGUCCCUCUCUGCAAUGUUCGGCUCAUUGGUCUCACAGUCAACGAAAAGCAGGUUCUACAAAACCACAACCGGAACAACGAGCCAAACCACCAUUACUGGUCUUUUCCAGUGUAGAGGAGACUUGAGCAACAACGACUGCUACAACUGUGUCAGUCGUCUUCCUGUUCUCUCUGGUAAGCUCUGUGGCAAAACCAUUGCCGCUAGGGUUCAGCUCACCGGCUGUUAUCUCCUCUAUGAAAUCUCUGGCUUUGCCCAAAUUUCAGGGAUGGAGAUGUUAUUCAAGACAUGUGGGAGGAACAACAUCGCCGGAACAGGAUUCGAAGAGAGGAGAGACACUGCGUUUGGGGUGAUGCAAAACGGAGUCGUUUCAGGCCACGGCUUCUACGCGACGACGUACCAAUCGGUUUACGUUUUAGGACAAUGCGAAGGCGAUGUGGGAGAUUCAGACUGUAGCGGCUGCAUCAAAAAUGCAUUAGAGAAGGCUCAAGUCGAGUGCGGAAGCUCGAACUCUGGUCAGAUUUAUCUCCACAAGUGUUUCAUCGCUUAUAAUUACUACCCAAAUGGUGUUCCCAGGCCGUCUUCUUCUUCCCGUACCUCUGGCUCUUCGGAUUCUUAUUCUUCUUCUUCUACAGCGAAUUUCAAAAUCUAA